AAACGCUGAUUAAGCAGACGUGAUAAUUUGGCCGUCGCGACGCGUCUCACCACAACCCCAGUGAAUUCCAAUCCCAACGUCGCCGACGACACCGACGACGUCAAGAUUGAGCAGGGCGUUUUAAUCACACAUAUCUGUGCCAUUUUCCACUAGGAUAUCUGCUCCAGUUUUUGUUGUAUAGAUUGCGCUGUCGCGUCGUAUUGCGCUGUCCCAAAUGGCUUCAGAAACCGUUAGGCUCAGAGGACGUCCAGCCCAUACGCCGGGAACCACCAUUCUAAGUUACACCCCAAAUGGCCGACAAGUGAUCACCGCCGGGUCCAACUCUGCAAUUCGAAUAUUCACAAUUGGAGAAAAAGAUGAACCAAAGACUGUGGAUGAUGGAGUGGACGGGCGUUUGGGAAUUGUUGCUACUAAUGAUUCGUUCAUUAUGGGCGCUGAAGAUGGCACGGUAUGGAAAUAUGAAUUAGCAACAGGUCAAAUGGAUAAAUUGCUGGUCCGUUGCGCAUUACCCGUGCGAGACCUGUCACUAUCAAAGGAUGGGGAUUGGGUGGCUGUUGCCAGCGAUGAACUCGUGGUCAAGAUUGUUAAUAUUCACGAUAUGACUAUUGUAAAAUAUCUACGGGAUCAGUCCAAGGGCGUUAAACAUGUGAACUUCGACCCUAGUGGACGUUUCAUUGCAGUAUCAGGCUCUGAUGGGAUAAUUUAUAUAUACUCCAUCGACAGCCCGCAGCCGGAGCUUGUUAAGAAAAUUGAUGGGAUAAUUGGCAGACUGGAAACAGACCAUGAAGCUACAUCGCGGGCCGUGUGGCAUCCAGAUGCACGAGCAUUUGCUGCGGUUGAGCCGACAAGAGAUAUUGCCAUAGUGUCUACUAGAGAUUGGACGAAACAAAAUGUUUUCCCUGCUGGCCAUAAUGCAGAUAUUACUGCACUUGCCUGGUCUCCGAACGGCGCUCUAUUGGCAAGUGCUGGGGCAGAUCGGCAAAUUUUGCUUUGGGAGACGAAGAGCCAAAGCAUUUUGCGGAGAUAUGACAUACCGAAUGUGAUAAAUCUUGCUUGGCACCCUGUCGACAAUACCCUCUCUUUUACUACUUCCGAUGGAGAAUUAUUCAUUUAUGAAGAUUUUGUCCCCCCAGAAUACAAAUCACUGCUUGAUAAACCACUGGAAAGCGCGCCCUUACUCUCUGCGGCUCACGAAGAGCAUAGAAGUAUUCCAAGCAGGCCGUUGACGAAUGGCGUACGGACUGGCCUGGAAAGUCGCCAGAGACGUGGCACCCCAGAUUCCCUAGAUGAUAUUUUAGGCCCCAUGGACGAAGAUGACGGUUUCAUUGAAGACGACGAUGGAGCUGGCUAUGUAGAAAUCAACGAAUUCGGCAAACGAGCUCCUAAUUUCCGGGAUGACCUGGACGGACAUGAUCAUAAACGACAGAUGGGCAUGUCCUUGCAGUCGAAACGACAUGCCUCAUUUCAGCCCGGCAGUACCCCUUGGAGAGGUGACAGAAGAUAUCUCUGUCUUAACCUAAUUGGAUUCGUUUGGACUGUUAACCAAGAGACACACCAUACCGUCACGGUUGAGUUUUACGAUCGGGAACGGUUUCGAGACUUUCAUUUUACAGACCCCUUUUUAUAUGACAAAGCCUGCCUGAAUGAGAAGGGCGCUUUAUUUUCUUGCCAACCAUCGGGUGACCAUCCAGCUACAAUAUUUUAUCGCCCUCAUGAAACGUGGACAGUACGGGCUGAUUGGCGAACUCAACUUCCUGAAGGAGAAAGUAUCACCGCCAUUGCGCUAAGCAAUUCUUAUAUUGUUGUCACUACCUCUGCCGAUUAUGUCCGAGUUUAUACACUUUGCGGUACUCCGUUCCGAAUUUAUAGGCAGAAGAGCCGGAGCGUUACUUGUGCGGCAUGGAGAGACUAUGUCCUAACCGUAGGAAACGGGCCCGUUGGCAGUGAUGGAAUCACUACAUUAACCUACUCUAUCGAAAAUGUCAAGCGGGACGAAAUUUACCAGAACGAAGAUCACGUAGCUCUACCUGAUUCCACCGAGCUUCGAAGUGUUUUCUUUUCAGAUACUGGUGACCCUUACAUAUACGAUUCUUCAGGGGUGCUGUUAGUAUUAGAACACUGGCGAGAACGUGGACAGGCGCGCUGGGUACCGGUUCUUGACACUAAGCUCAUGGACCGCCUUAGUGGCGGACGGAAAGAAGAGACGUACUGGCCGGUCGCCGUGGCGCAGGAUGCGUUCCACUGUAUAAUUCUCAAAGGCGGAGAUCAAUAUCCUUACUUCCCCCGACCAUUACUUAGCGAAUUCGAAUUCAAGAUUCCAAUAUUCUCAAAGCCGAAGAAGCCAUCUCCUAGGGAUGGCGAGGACGAAGACAUGGACGAUGCUGCAGGUCGUGACUCUGUUAAUAAGCUUGAAGAGGCGUUUAUACGUUCCAGCCUCUUCCUCAGUCUGCUGAGUGACCGUGUCACAGCCUCAGAAGCUACGGGCGGUAGCGGAGAGGUGGAAUUGCGGAGGAAGGAGAUCGAUAUUGACAAGAUUGUGUUGCAGUUGCUAGCAGUUGAAUGCCGGGAGGGCGAAGAGAGGGGGAUGAAGGCCCUUGAACUCGUUUCCAUGAUGCGGGAUCGUAGCGGGAAGAUGUUGGAUGCUGCGCGCAAGGUUGCCCAGCGGUAUGAACGGACUGUUCUAGAUGAGAAGAUUAAGGAGUUGGCGGAACGGCGGCUUAUGGGUGCGGAGGAUGAUGAUAAUGAUGAUGACGAACUUGCUUGAAUAUUGGGAAAUAAGACAUCUAGCUACUACUACAUCUGUAACAUCGCUAUGUAUUUCAGGUGUGAAAUUACAUCCUGCGUGUGCAAAAUAUAGAAUAUUUUUAUAGUCUAUGAUCUUUACGGAAAGCUAUAUAUAUGGCUUUAUACAGAUUGACACCCUGAUUGCGGCAAUGGUCCCGGAUGUUACCUUGUCUCCACAGGGUUCUUGCAGGCGGGCGGAGGCUGUAGAAGAAUGCCAUACUACAAAUCACAUACUCCCUAUGUAGCAAUCUGAAGGUUGGAAUAAGAAAAG